AUGUACCUCAUUCAACUGGCCAUUGAAUAUGGCGCGCCCCUGUUCCUCAUCUCCUCUCCCCUCACGUCCUACCUGGAUCAGAUCCUCAGCAUUCACCGGAAUAGGAGUUCGGUAGGGUUUUCACUAGACAUCCCGUUGAUUAUGCUUGUCGCGUCGAUCUUGAAGGUCUUUUACUGGUUCGGUGAAUACUAUUCCAAGGCCUUGCUGGCCCAGGCCGUGGUCAUGAUCUUGGUGCAGAUGGCGCUGCUCAAGGUUGCUUUGGACAACCGGCCCGCUAUUGGCGCAAAGAAUGGCAUCGAGCAUACACCCUUCAGCGGUGGCUCCCAGGGUGGAUUCAGCAGGCCCUAUGAUUUCUGGCAGUGGAAGAACACCAAGCCCUUCCUGGGCGCCGUCGGUCUUGCUGUCGAGGCUACUCUCCCUCUCCCUCAGAUUCUGGCCAACUACCGCUCCGGCUCUUGCAAGGGUUUCCGGGUGUCUGUUCUCGCUGCGUGGAUUCUUGGUGACACCAUGAAGAUGAGCUACUUCUUCUGCAGCCAGGAAGCCAUUCCCUGGGCCUUCAAAUUGUGCGGUAUGUUCCAGUGCGUGUGUGAUCUGUAUCUGGGCUUCCAGUACUGGAUGUUCACCCGCGCCUCCGGCCGGGAUGCUGGCAGCUCUGUGGAGCAUGAAGGCCGGUGGGGGCAAGAAGAGAAGGAUAUUCGCAUGAACUGA